AUGGCGUCACACAUGGAGUUCCUCUUUGGAGUACUGCAGGACCUCGGUAAUGAUGAGCUCAAGCAUUUCCAGUGGUUCCUGAAACAGGCUGACAUGAUAGAAGGAUUCCCAGCUAUUGCAAAGUGCCAGCUGGAAGAUGCUGACAGGCAGGAUAUGGUGGAUCGGAUGGUGCAGACAUAUGGCCUUCAUGGAGCUCUGCAGAUCACAGCAGAAAUCCUGAAGAAGAUCAAUAGGAAUGAUUUAGUGGAGCUUUUUUCCAAAAGUCAGUCUGAACCCAACAAGGUUGCCACUGAUGAUGGAGAGACUUCGGACAACACAGGAGGUUCUUGCAUUCAACAGCCGCUUCUUCCUCAAUCUCCCUCCCCAGAUGCUGAGGCUGAAGCAUUAAAGCAGAAGGAUAAGAAACUUCUGGAUGAUAUCUACACAGAGCUUUACAUCAUAGAUGGAAAUAGUAUAGACAUCUGGCAGCAUGAGGUCAAGCACACUGAGAUGACAUCAAGACAAUCAGAAGAAACAGAGAGAUCAAUCAAGCACAAUGAUAUCUUCAAACAUCCCUCUGGAAAAAACAUGCCUGUAAGAACAGUUCUGACCAUUGGGAUUGCGGGAAUAGGUAAAACGUUCCUUGUAAACAAAUACAUCCUGGACUGGGCUGAAGGACGAGCCAAUCAAGAUGUGCAUCUCAUAUUCCCCUUCACCUUCCGCCAGCUGAAUUUACUGAAGGGGAGAAGGUUUCGUUUUGCAGAGCUCAUUCACAAAUGUAUCAGGGAAACCAAAGAUAUCCAGGAGGAGGACCUUAAUGACAUCUUCACAAAACUACAGGCUUCAGGAAAUACCAACUAUGACAAGAGUAAAUUUAAACUUCUGUUUGUGCUUGAUGGGCUGGAUGAAAGCCGCCUUCAGCUCGACUUCAGUGAUAAGGAAGAAUGUUCUGCUGAUGAGACACUGUUAGUGAAUGAACUGCUGGCGUACCUCAUCAAAGGGAAACUGCUCCCCUCUGCUCGCGUCUGGAUAACCACACGACCGGCAGCAUCCAAUCAGAUCCCUCUUGACUUUGUUGACAUUGUGACAGAGGUGAGGGGGUUCACUGAUCUACAAAAGGAGGAGUACUUUAGAAAGAGAUUCACAAAUGAGGAGAUGGCUGACAGAAUCAUCUCCCAUAUCAAGACACAACGAAGCCUCCACAUCAUGUGCCACAUCCCAGUCUUCUGCUGGGUCACCGCUUCAGUUCUAAAGCAAAUGCUCAAAGAACAAAAUGAGAAAAAAGAAAUUCCUCAAACUCUGACUGAGAUGUAUACUAAAUUCCUUGUGUUUCAGCUGAAGCAGACAGCAGAGAAGUAUAAUACAAAUGAAAACUUCAAGAUCAUUCAGUCACUUGCAAAGCUUGCUUUUCACCAGUUGCAGAGAGGUAAUCUGAUCUUCUACGAGACAGACUUGACAAACAGUGGCAUUAAUCUCAGUGAAGCAUCAGUAUACUCAGGAGUGUUCACACAGAUCUUUAAAGAAGAAGAUGGGCUGAAUGAAGACAAGAUGUUUUGCUUUGUGCAUUUGAGCAUUCAUGAGUUUUUGGCAGCAGUUUUUGUGGUCCUGUCACUCUUUAAUGAUGGAGAGGAUGUGAUGGCUGAACCGAAAACACUUCUUCAACAUCUGCAAAUGCGUUUCAGGACAGCAUCUGCAGAAGAAGUGUGUAUGAAAGCUGUGGACAAGGCCUUACAGAGUCCAAAUGGACACCUAGACUUGUUCCUCCGCUUCCUCCUGGGCCUUUCGUUGAAAUCAAAUCAGGAUCUUUUACAAGGUCUGCUGAAACAAACAGGGAGCAGCACAGAGACCAACCACAAGCUAGUGGAGUACAUCAAAAUGAAGAUCGGGGAGAAUCCUUCACCAGAGAGAUGCAUUAACCUCUUCAACUGUCUGAGUGAAAUGAAGGACUGUUCCCUAGUGGAGGAGAUCCAACAUUACCUGACAACAAGAAGCCUCUCCACUGUCAAUCUUUCUCCUACUCAGUGGUCAGCACUCGUUUAUGUGUUACUGUCAUCUGAACAAGACCUGGAUGUGUUUGACCUAAAAAAAUACUCCAAGUCAGAGGAUGUUCUUAUGAGAAUGCUGCCACUGGUCAAAGCCUCAACAAGAGCACUACUGAACCAAUGUGAGCUCUCGCACCUCUCUUGUGAAGCUCUGGCCUCAGUGCUCAGCUGUAAGUCUUCCAGUCUCAGAGAGCUGGACAUGAGUCACAACAACCUACAGAAUUCAGGUGUGAAGCUUCUCUCUGUUGGGCUGGAGAGUUCAGACUGUAGACUGGAAAGUCUAAGGUUGUCAAGCUGUGAGGUCACAGGAGAAGGCUGCACUGCUUUGGCCUCGGCGCUGAGCUUCAACUCCUGCAGUCUGAAAGAGCUGGACCUGAGUAACAACGACCUGCAGGAUUCAGGUGUGUAGCUGCUGUGUGAUGGACUGGAAAGUCAUAACUGUAGACUGAAAAAACUCAGGUUGUCAGGCUGUCUGGUCACAGAGAAAGGUUGUGUCCCUUUGGCCACAGCUCUGAUAUUAAACCCCUUCCAUCUGAGAGAGCUGGACCUGAGCUACAACUAUCCAGGAGACUCAGGGGUGAAGCUGCUCUCUGUUAGACUUGAGGAUCCUCAGUGCAAACUUGACACUCUCAGCGUUGAUAAUUGUGGAGAGUUCAGGAUCUUGCCUGGGCCUAGGAAAUAUUCCUGUAAACUUGAGCUAGAUUCAAACACAGCACACAAGCACAUUGUCUUGUCUCAAGAUAAUCGACAGGCAACAAUGAUAGGAGUCCACCAGCCAUAUCCUGACCAUCCAGAGAGGUUUGAACACCGGUACCAGGUUUUGUGUACAAAUGGUCUGACUGGAUGCUGCUACUGGGAGGUGGAGUGGAAAGGACUAGCUACUGUUGGAGUGACAUACAAAGGAAUCUGCAGGAAAGGAUGGAGGAACAACUCUAUAGUCGGGCGAAAUGACAAGUCCUGGUGCUUCGACUGCAAAAUGAGCACUGCUUGGCAUAACAACAGGGCCACAGUCACAUCUGUGGAGUCCUACCGCAACAGACUCAACAGAGUAGCAGUGUAUCUGGACUGGCCUGCAGGCACUUUGUCCUUUUACGGAGUCUGCCCUGACACAUUGAUCCACCUCCACACAUUCAGCACCACAUUUACUGAACCUGUCUACCCUGCACUGCGUGUUGUGGGCACUUAUUCAUAUGCAUUAUUGUGCAUGCGUUAGUGACUGUGUCCAGGUGAUAUGAUGUGUGUUUGUCUAACUGAACUGCUGCUGUGGUAAAGCAGCA